GCGCCGCCCCCCGCCCGCUCCCAUUGGCCGCGACGCGCGAGGGCGGGGCCCCGGCGCGGCCCCUCCGUGCUCCCCCCGCUGCCCCGCGCGGGGGUUCCGCCGCCCGCCAGGCCCUGGGCGCAGGAAUCCCAAGAGGAAUCAGUAAAUCCCGGGGUUUUUGCCUCUGGAAGCUCGAGAUGCGUUAGAAUUCCAAGAAUUCCCAGAAUUCCCUCUCCCUAAGGAAUGCAGCACCAUGCGCUGCCUGGCCCGCCUCAGCUCCAAGGCGCUCCUGGUGCUCUGCUCCCUCCUGGCUCUGCUCUCGCUGCUGCUCUGGACCCGCUGCUCCCAGCGCCCCCCGCCCCCCGCCGGCCCCCCGGAGCGCCCCGGCAUUCCCGACAGCGAGGAGGCCUCGCCCCAGGACGCGCCCAGAGCCCCGGGAAUGCCGGGAAUGGCGGGCAGCGCCGGGAGGGCGGCGGGGCCGCGCUACGAGGAGAUCGACUGCGUGAUCAACGAGGAGCAGACGGUGAAGGGGCGGCGCGAGGGCGGCGAGGUGUUCCUGCCCUUCAGCUGGGUGGAGAAGUACUUCCAGGUGUACGGGCGCAUCGCGCAGGCCGACGGCGCUGAGCGCUUCGAGUUCUCGCACAGCUACUCCAAGGUGUACGCGCAGCGCGCGCCCUACCGCCCCGACGGCGUCUUCAUGUCCUUCGAGGGCUACAACGUGGAGCUGCGCGACAGGGUCAAGUGCAUCAGCGGCCUGGAGGGAGUUCCUCUCUCCACGCAGUGGGGCCCUCAGGGCUACUUCUACCCCAUCCAGAUCGCCCAGUACGGGCUGAGCCACUACAGCAAGAACCUGACGGAGAAGCCGCCGCACGUGGAGGUGUACGAGACGGCGGGGGACGGGAACGGGAACGGGAAUGGGAACGGGGAAUGGACGGUGCCCAAGGGCUGCUCCCUCACCACCGUCUGGGACAAGUCCCGGCUCACCGGGGUCAAGCAGUUCUCCUGCCCAGAGAGCUCCGAGGGCGUCUCCCUGGAGCUCAACAACGGCCGGGAUUUCAUCAUCUCCUUCGACCUGAAGCUGCUGAGCAACGGCAGCGUGUCCGUGGUGCUGGAGACCACGGAGAGGAACCAGCUCUUCACCGUGCACUACGUGUCCAGCACGCAGCUCAUCGCCCUCAGGGACAGGGACAUCUUCUACGGCAUCGGAGCGCGCGGCAGCUGGAGCACGCUCACCCGGGACCUGCUGACGGAUCUGCGCAAGGGCGUGGGGCUCUCCAGCACCAAGGCGGUGAAGCAAACCAAGAUCAUGCCCAAGAGGGUGCUGCGCUUGGUGGCCAAAGGCCGCGGCUUCCUGGACAACGUCACCAUCUCGGCCACCGCCCACAUGGCCGCCUUCUUCGCCGCCAGCCGCUGGCUGCUGCGCAACCAGGACGAGCGCGGCGGCUGGCCCAUCAUGGUCACCAGGAAGCUGGGAGAAGGCUUCAAAUCCCUGGAUCCGGGCUGGUACUCGGCCAUGGCGCAGGGCCAGGCCAUGUCCACGCUGGUCAGGGCCUACCAGCUGACCAAGGAGCCGGCGUUCCUGGGCGCGGCGCUCAGGGCCACGGCGCCCUUCAAGCUGCCGGCGGAGCAGCGCGGCGUCAAGGCGGUGUUCAUGAACCGGCACGACUGGUACGAGGAGUACCCCACCACGCCCAGCUCCUUCGUGCUCAACGGCUUCAUGUACUCCUUGAUCGGCCUCUACGACCUGAAGGAGACGGCCGGCGAGAAGCUGGGCAGGGAGGCGCGGCUGCUCUACGAGCGCGGCAUGGAGUCGCUCAAGGCCAUGCUGCCGCUCUUCGACACCGGCUCGGGCUCCAUCUACGACCUGCGGCACUUCAUGCUGGGCACGGCGCCCAACCUGGCGCGCUGGGACUACCACACCACGCACAUCAACCAGCUGCAGCUGCUGGGCUCCAUCGACGACGCGCCCGUCUUCAAGGACUUCGUCAAGAGGUGGAAGAGUUACCUGCGGGGAGGGCGGGCCAAGCACAACUGAGCUCUUCCCCGUCCUUCCCAAAAUUGGGGGCCUUAAAACUGCUCCGGCUCCGGGGAGGGUUUGGGAUCGGGACGCUCUCCCGCGUUGAGGUUGAGGUUGGGUUGUGUUGGGAUUGGUUUUUCCUUUCCCGAGGAAAACGUUUGCAGAAGCCAUAGAAGUCUUGGAAGCGCGGUCGCUGCCUGGAGAGCUCAUCCGGGGCCUCCCAAAGCAGGAUUUUGUGUCCGUGCUGGAGCAGCUCCCGUGGGAUGAGCGCCGUCCACGGGAAUCACUCGGAGCCUGGGAGUGCGAAGCGUGGCUUUAAAGUGGGGGGGGGGCUUCCUAGGGAUUCGCUUUUUUGGGAUGGAAAAUCCGCAGUCGGAAUUUUUUGCCAGUUCACUGCCUGGAGAUCCUGAAGCUGGAGGGUUUCUUCAUGGAAAACACGUGCCCGGCAUCAUGGAAGCACAACUGGGAGCCUGGGGCACACAGCCCUGGGCCACCAGCACCCGUGUCCCCUCGGAGCUGGGAUCCUUAUCCCAGUCACUGGAAUUCCCUCGGAGCUGGGAUCCUUAUCCCUGUCACCGGAAUUCCCUCAGAGCUGGGAUCCUUAUCCCUGUCACUGGAAUUCCCUCAGAGCUGGGAUCCUUAUCCCUGUCACUGGAAUUCCCUCACAGCUGGGAUCCUUAUCCCAGUCACUGGAAUUCCCUCAGAGCUGGGAUCCUUAUCCCUGUCACCGGAAUUCCCUCAGAGCUGGGAUCCUUAUCCCUGUCACUGGAAUUCCCUCGGAGCUGGGAUCCUUAUCCCUGUCACCGGAAUUCCCUCAGAGCUGGGAUCCUUAUCCCUGUCACCGGAAUUCCCUCAGAGCUGGGAUCCUUAUCCCAGUCACUGGAAUUCCCUCAGAGCUGGGAUCCUUAUCCCUGUCACCGGAAUUCCCUCAGAGCUGGGAUCCUUAUCCCAGUCACUGGAAUUCCCUCAGAGCUGGGAUCCUUAUCCCUGUCACCGGAAUUCCCUCAGAGCUGGGAUCCUUAUCCCUGUCACCGGAAUUCCCUCAGAGCUGGGAUCCUUAUCCCUGUCACCGGAAUUCCCUCAGAGCUGGGAUCCUUAUCCCUGUCACCGGAAUUCCCUCAGAGCUGGGAUCCUUAUCCCUGUCACCGGAAUUCCCUCAGAGCUGGGAUCCUUAUCCCUGUCACUGGAAUUCCCUCAGAGCUGGGAUCCUUAUCCCUGUCACCGGAAUUCCCUCACAGCUGGGAUCCUUAUCCCAGUCCCUGAAAUUCCCUUGGAGCUGGGAUCCUUAUCCCUGUCACCGGUGUCCCCUCAGAGCUGGGAUCCUUUUUCCUGGAUCUCGGUGAUUUCUAUGGGAUUUUGGAAUUCCCAUCUGGGGGAGGUUCCUCAGAGCAUUGGGGUUGUUUUCGGGAAUUGCCGAGCGGGACAUGGAGCUCGUCCAGAGAUCCUCAGGAAAUUCAAGAAUUCGGGAAUUUUCAUUUUUCUCCUGCUCCAGCCCGUGCAGCAUUUUAACAAUUCUGUCCCAGAGGUAUUUCCAGCUCUCCCUGGGCUGGAAUUCCCAGAGCAGCUGUGGCUGCCUCUGGAUCCCUGGAAUGUCCAAGGCCAGCUUGGAGCAGCCCGGGACAGUGGAAGGUCCCUCUGGAAUGGGAUGAGCUUUAAGGUCCUUCCCACCAAACCAUUCCGUGAUUCCAUGAUCCCACCAGCUGCCUGAUCCCGAACUCCUGGAUGGACUUUGGGAAUUCCCACUGCUCCCGUUCCAUGGUGGAGCUGAUCCCAAUCCCAAAAUCCCAGGCACAAGGACAGCACCCAUCUCCACCUUUUUAUUGCUGUUAUUUUUCGAGGCUUUUCCUUCAUUUCUCGCCGAUCUCGGAGCGACUUUUUCCCGGCUUUAAUCCGCGCGCUCCGGUCGGAUCCACCCGUCCGAUGGAUGGCGGAGCAGAAAUUCCAAUACCAAAGGUAGCAGAGGGGAGUUUUUUCCAUGCCCAUGGAAACCCAGCGGACACAAACCCACCCCGAACCCGGAAUUCCUUCCCAAAAAUCCGCUCCAUCCCCCCCCCCCCCGCGCGCUUCUCCCAUCGUUUUCCGGUUGGAAAACCCGGGGAGCCUCCUUGGGUGCUGCUCCAGGACGGCGCUGGUGCCUUACAGAGGCCGGAAUUCCUCUCGGUUGGGUUUUUUGGGAAUUGCUGCCAAUGGUGGGGUUGGAGCGCGGCCGAUUUUCCCGCUCCGGAAGCGCGGGAUGGGCAUUCCAAGGUUGUCCCUCUUGUCCCACCUCUUGUCCUUCCGUCGCCUUCUGGUGGCCUUAGGCAGGUGGAGCCUCCAGGAAUCCCCAGAGGCUGUAAAUCCAUGGAGAAUCCAUGGGGAUAUUCCUGGUAUUCCUUAAAUUCCGUUGUGCAUUGGAAGAGGAUCCUUGACCAUGCCGGCAGUGCCCAAAACUCCAUGGAAUUCAUUCCAGUUUGGGAUCUUUUUGUUCGUUUUCCAUCUCCAAGUUCCCAAAAAUCUUUGGGACCAAGAUCAGCUUUGAUCCCAGAUUUUCCCCAAGAUCCAUUGGCUCUUCCCAUGGGAUUUUUUUUUCCUCCAUGGAUGCCGCUGGAAGUUUGGGAUGGAGCAUUCCAAGGGUUUCCCUCCUGUCCCUCCAUCACCUUCUGGAGGCCUUAGCACAGGUGGAGCUUCCAGGAAUCCCCGCCAGAGGCUGCAAUUCCAUGGAGAAUCCAUGGGGAAUUCCUGAUAUUCCUGAAAUUGUGCAUUGGAAGCGGACCCUUGGCCAUGGAGCCGAUCCCCAAAACUUCUUGGAAUUCAUUCCCAUUUAGGAUUUCUUUGUUCAUUUCCACCCUCAGACUCCCAGAGAUCUUUGGGACCCAGCUCAGCUGCGAUCCCAGAUUUUCGCACGGAGAUCCCGCUGGCUCUUCCCAUGGGAUCCCCUCUCCGUGGCUCCCCCACCCCAACAGCACAAGCACAACCCUCCCUGGGAUCCGGGCAUUCCCUGGGAUCCGGGCAUUCCCUGGAAGCCGCUCAUUCCCGUUCUCCUCCUCCCCGGGCGUGGCUUGGCUGGGAUUUUGUUGGAUUUUCCGGGAUUUUCCCGAGGAUCCCGAUGGAAAAUAUGCAAUAAUUUGUUUACAGGAUGCUCCGGGCAGGGCGCUCCUUUAAGCACAAUGUGCACAGGAUAGUUUUGUAUUCCGCCCCUCCGGAAUUUUUGGCGGGAAGAGGUUCUCCUACGUUUCUAUGGGACAUUGGGAAUGCUUGGAAAGCUUUCUAAGACUGGGAAAUAAAUUUUUUUAUCUUAAGAAAAAAAA